UACCCCCUCCACAUAUCUCUAAUUUACAUUGCCACGCCUCCACCUUCCCCUGACACCCUCUCGUCUUCUUGCGGGUUCCGCUGCCAGCUUCCGGCCGCUGCAUCUCGGCCUCGGGAGGUAAAGCCGCUCCGCUUCCACUUCGCUGCUCGUGUUUGGCUUGCUUCGGUUGAGUCACCUGGUGCUGUGAUCCGGUAGGGGAGAUUGAACUGACUGCAACUUCUGAAGUCCUCGUCUGUUUUUGGAGAAAUGUGCAAACAGCUGGCAGUCUGAUGUGCACCCAAUCAUGCUGAUGCUACAUGGAACUGUCCCGUUUGUGAGGCCUGGUUCUUGCUGGGACUUAAAAUUAUCCCAAAAGGGUGCGUAUGUUUCGCAUAGUAACUUACUAUGCAGUGCAGUUUACAAUUCAGUAGAAGGCCACCAUGUGCAGAAGCAACACAUUGUUCAUAGCUUCAAAGUUAACUUCACCAGAGUGAGCCAUUAUCUGUGUCGAAGCUUAAAUGAAAGAACUACAAGGCACUGGCUGCAUCGAUUCCAUGUUAAUGCUUCAUCGGAUGAUGACUUCCGCUCAUCACGUAACAUAGCAAUCAGUCUAUUCAAGCGGUAUAAGAAUGUCAUUGAUCGAGGAGGUGGAGAUAACCUAAAAGAGUUCGUUAGUGCUGGAGUGAAUGCAUAUGCCCUAGGCUGUACAGACGAGGGGCUUAGAAAGGAACUUAUGGAUAUAACAGAUUCUGGUCUUGAGAUUGGAAGCCUAGGAUCCUAUGGAGGAGGAACCAGCUUGAAGUUCAAAGUCCAUUCCUUUGAGGUUCGUGAGUGCAUUCUAUGGCUAAGUAUAGUAUUCAUCACUAUACUGUGCACACCACAACCAACAAUCAUCAGGUGGUCUCCUACCCCACCAGUGUCAGCCGACGUCUUGCAUCAAUGGAAAGGAUUUUGUGCUCUAAUCGCAAACGCUUACUAUAUCAAAGGGAUGGCAUGGUUACCGGUGAAAACCUUGCAGCUGGAACAAAUGGCUGUCACAGGACAUUCAGAGGAACCAUCAGUAGUUGCUAGUCGGAUGCAAUUAGUUUUCAGCACAUUAGAGGUAGUGAGCCCACAGUGGCCAAGAGUGUGAUUAAGUGAAAGCAAUACGAUCAAACAAAGGUCUGCAGUUUUAUUACGACCAAACGAACGCCGAUCCGAGUUCAAAUGUCUGGCAUGGUGUAAUGAAUGAUGCUUUUCUAUGUCCAUUUGAACUCAAAUGUCGAAACACACAGAUGUACAUCAAAGAACAAUGUUCAUGUUCUUGAUUGUAAAGCAUAAGUUAAUACAUGUACAACAACUUUUAUCCGCAUCUACAGUUUCUGUAA